AUGGCCGCGGCCGCGGCGGGUGGAGCCACGGGCCCGGCCUCGGCCGCCCCCCGGCCCGCCGCCCCCGCCGCCCUUCGCCCGGGCCCCGCCGAGGUCCCGAUCCCCGGCCCCACUGCCAGGGCCCCGCCGCCGGCGCUGCGGAAGCGCGGGGACUCGCGGCGCCGCCAAGCCGCGCUCUUCUUCCUCAACAACAUCUCGCUGGACGGGCGGCCGCCGAGCCUGGGCCCGGGCGGGGAGAAGCCGCCGCCCGCCGAGGCCCGCGAGCCGCCCGCGCCGCCCGAGCCCGAGCCCGGCGCCCGCGCGGUCCCGCCGCCGCCCCCUCUGCCGCCGCUGCCCGGCCCGCCAGGGCCCCCCGCUGCGCCCCCCGCGCCCCCGGCCAGGGCCGCCCCCCAGAGCCUGCUCAGUCCCACUCAGGUGGUCGCCGGCCUGGCCCUGGACAUGCAGCGCCAGAGACGGCGCAUCACCUCCCAGCGCUGCUCCCUGGAGUUCUUGGAAGACAUGGUGGGGUGUGCCUCGGUGCAAAGAACCAAAAACAUAUCCGGGUCCCCGAGACAUAAAGGCCUGAAGAAGACCCACUUCAUUAAGAACAUGAGGCAGUAUGACACCAAGAGCAGCAGGAUUGUGCUGAUCUGCGCCAAGCGGUCCCUGUGUGCGGCCUUUUCAGUCCUGCCCUACGGAGACGGUCUGCGGGUCAGUGACCUGAGGGUGGACAGCCAGAAGCAGCGGCACUCGUCUGGCGGCGUCUCCGUGUCUUCUGAGAUGGUUUUUGAGUUAGAAGGCGUCGAGCUGGGUGCAGAUGGAAAGGUCGUGUCUUACGCCAAGUUCCUGUACCCCACCAACGCCCUGGUCAUACCCAAGACCGACGGCCAUGGCCUUUCAGGCCAGCCUCGGCCCAGCGUCCCCCGGGCUCUGCCAGGAUCGAGAUACAAGCCUGGCCCCACCAAGUCAGCACCAGCAGGCACAGAGCUAGGGAACGAUGCUAAUGACACCCUUGAGUACAACCCCAACCUCCUGGAUGACCCACAGUGGCCAUGCGGCAAGCACAAGCGUGUCCUCAUCUUCGCGUCCUACAUGACCACAGUGAUUGAGUACGUGAAACCCUCGGACCUCAAAAAGGACAUGAACGAGACCUUCAGGGAGAAGUUCCCACACAUCAAGCUCACGCUGAGCAAAAUCCGGAGCCUGAAGCGGGAGAUGCGCAGCCUCUCGGAGGAGUGCAGCCUGGAGCCCGUGACCGUGUCCAUGGCCUACGUGUACUUCGAGAAGCUUGUGCUACAGGGCAAGCUCAACAAGCAGAACCGCAAGCUGUGCGCUGGCGCCUGCGUGCUGCUCGCUGCCAAGAUCAGCAGCGACCUGCGCAAGAGCGAAGUCAAGCAGCUCAUCGACAAGUUGGAAGAACGAUUUCGGUUCAACCGACGGGACCUGAUCGGGUUCGAGUUCACUGUGCUGGUGGCUCUGGAGCUUGCCCUGUACCUGCCUGAAAGCCAGGUGUUACCUCACUACAGACGCCUCACCCAGCAGUUCUAGACACGGCGCUUCUGCCUGGCAGCAGCCCUGUCCUUCCUGGCCGAAGCCUGCAGCUGCCCAGGUGUGGAUGCGGCGCCAAAGCCCAGGUGCACACCACAAGGUCCACGCACCACCCGGCGCCUUCCCUGCCCCUCAUUUACCCACUUUGCUUUCACUCCAAAGUGACCACGUCUCCCACACAUUUCUAGGAAUUUUCCUGGGUUUUUCGUGAACAAAAUGUGGGUUUUGGUUAGUUUUUCAUGGGCCUGAGCCCGGCUGGGCUGGUGCCAGGACCCUUGCCUACACGGCAGGUGGAUUCUGACGGUGGCCGGGCUUCCCCUUCCUGUACUGGCAGCCUCCGGCCGCCUGUCGGGAGCCCUCUACCAGCAUCUCCGGGGAGGUCUGGAUCUCCAGGCCUUCCAGAGCAAGCUCAAUUGCUCUAGUUUAACUUAUUUGAGCAUUAACGCUCGGACCUCUGGUUUCUCAAUGAACUCCUGAGGGCCGGCCUGCCUCCCAGGCCGCCACACACUGGCCCUCCUGCCCAGCUCAGCCCCCUGGUAUCCUUUUGCCUCCAGCAUCCAGAUAGGGUUCCUGACAGAGCUCAGGUGAAGCUAACAAGACCGACCUCCUGACCUUAGCCUCGUUUUUACUCCUGGACUUCCGUUCUUCUGAGCAUCGUGACACUGCAAAAUCCCUCCUGAGGCCCCGUGUGCUGCCAAUCCGAACUUGCAGCAGAUGGUAGCUCACACCUUAUGUGAGAACCCGCCUUCUGUCCUGGUGCCAGGGAAACCCACGUAACCUGCAUAAAACCUGUCUCCACUCUGGACUUUAGGAAAACAACUGCGACUGCUGGUUCUCCGUUCCUGAUUUUCCCAAACAAUAUUGUAACUGAGAAAGAUAAUGUAUUUAUUAUAAUUUGGGAUAGGGUUCUGUGGCUCUUUUUUAAGAGAACAAAAAUGUGUUAAAUGAGGUCUGCUAACAUUAGAACUUAAACACUGAUACUUGACCCAGAAGUGAGGGGGUUCUCCUGCUGCCGACCAAACCUCCACACCCCCCACAGCAUCCACCACAGCCGGCACAAAGUGGCCCAGGCAGUGGCCUCAACAUUCCCUGCAGGCCUGUGCUGGGUAGCUACGGCUCAUCCGCUGCCCCUGCAGACAAAGUCCUUCAGGUGCUGACUUGGUGUGGCCUGCGCGCCUGCUUGCUGCCCCUGUGGAUCACUCUGAGGAGAAGACUGUCACACUUUUGUCUUCACAGGCUGGCUGGUCUCAAAAAAACAUGCAUUUCAGCUUGGCCAGACCCACAGCUGCCCUUUACCCUGUGUAUCACCGGCGAGGGCUCCUGGAUGACCCCCCCAAUACAUCACAUCCAUGUUUGUGUGGACUGGUGCUUCUGCUGAAGUGAGAUGCCAGUUGUCACCACCAUCAGCAAUUCAGCUGAGACCCCCAGCAGAGGUGCACCUGCUUCAUUGGUCAGCUCAGCUGGCCAGCCUUCCACUCGGCCCCAAAACCAGUAACCGGCAGGAAUACAGUGGGAAGCCACAGAACAGAGAACAAAACUGAGACAUCCAGGACAGGAGGGCUGGACCAUGGAUGCUGCUAAAAUGUGUUGUCAUCUCAGUAACUCCAUGUUACAGACACUGAAGGACCUCCCAUUUACAGCCUAGCCUUGGGAUGCGUGUCCUCUCAGGCAUUUCUAGACUGGCAGAGUGGCUGGCAAACGAAGUAAUUAAGCUUCUGUAUUUAUGGUCAGAGUUUUUUACCAAACUCUUCCCCUCCGUGUAUUUAUCCUUAAUGCCAAGAGCUGCCACCACAUGGUACUGAAAACUUAACUGCAACAAAACAGUCAAUACUUAAACCAAAAUUACGCUGGAAACGUCACCCUGGAGAACAAGUCCAGAUGUGUGACCUGUGGGUAAGGUGUUUGCUGGGCUUAUGGCCAGAGGGACCCCAGUUGGUGCUGCCCGGCCGCCAACACCUCCUGUGUAAAUGACCAUGUGGAUCUCAGGAUAUUGUAGCUGUUUGUCGUAUCUGUCUUCAAAGGGGUAAUGAAUUUGUUUUGAAAUAAAAGAUGGUUUUGUUA